AUGGGACAAGGCUACUCCCUCACAACCCUCUCCGCAGGGUCCGCGGGGAUCGAUGUCCCUGAGCUGUCAGAUCUGGUGUAUGAGAAGUCGAUGGGUGGCGGACGUUUUAUGAAAAGUAUUCGUGCGAGGCAGCAAAAUGGCAUGGUCUUCGUCAAGGUGAUCAUGAAACCGUACCCGACCAUGAAAUUGGAGCCAUAUGUGAAGGCCAUUAUCCGGGAACGCAAGAUUCUGGCGGAUGUGCCGAAUGCGCUGAGCUAUCAUCGGGUUCUGGAAACCAGCACGAGCGGGUAUCUAGUUCGCCAGUACAUUUAUAGCUCGCUCUAUGAUCGAAUGAGCAUUCGACCAUUUCUGGAAGACAUUGAAAAGAAGUGGAUUGCAUUUCAGCUGCUCUGUGCGUUGCGGGACUGCCAUUCGCUAGAUGUCUUCCAUGGCGACAUCAAAACAGAAAACGUCUUGGUCACUUCGUGGAACUGGCUGUAUCUCUCCGACUUUUCCUCGUCAUUCAAGCCAACUUUCCUUCCAGAGGAUAAUCCUGCAGACUUUUCCUUUUAUUUCGAUAUCUCUGGGAGACGCACUUGCUAUCUGGCUCCCGAGCGCUUCCUUGUGGCCGGGGAGGAACCGGGGAGCCGACAUGUCAACUGGGCAAUGGACAUUUUCAGCGCUGGCUGUUAUCGAAAGGGCGAGUACAGUCCGGAGCACAGCCAGCUGGCUAAGAUCGAGGAUCCGGAAAUCAGAGAGCUGAUUCUUCAUAUGAUUCAACUGGAACCCGAAUCACGGUACUCUGCAGAGGAGUAUCUGAAUUUCUGGAAGGACAAAGCUUUUCCGGAAUAUUUCUACAGCUUUCUCCAUCAAUACAUGUCGCUCAUGACUGAUCCAUCCUCGGGCAGAACGAUCGUGGAUGCGGAAUCAGCCAACCGAGGAGAAUCCGAUGAUCGGAUAGAGCGGGUCUACCUGGAUUUUGAUAAGAUAUCCUACUUUCUCGGUCCUACAUCUCGAAAUGCUUCUGAUAAAAGCGCUCGGCCUACAUCCAAUUUAGCAGGCCAUGCUCUUCCCGUGAAACUUGACCUACCAAGCGGUGGGAACCCGGCCUCGGGAUCCCCAUCACAAUCGGAUGAAGGCGUUCUGAUCUUCCUGACCCUUGUGGUCUCCAACCUACGGAAUACCGCCAAAGCAUCGGCCCGCAUCAAAGCUUGUGAUAUUCUCCUGGCCUUUGCCGAGAGGCUCUCAGAUGACGCCAAGCUGGACCGCGUUCUCCCCUACAUCAUGCUCCUUUUAACCGAUCGCACAGACGCUGUCAAAGUCGCUGCCAUCCGAACCUUGACACAGUUGCUGGAGAUGGUGCACGUAGUAUCCCCAGUGAAUGCCUACUUGUUCUCCGAGUACAUUUUCCCGAGACUGCAGCCAUUUGUUGCCUCCGCCAACAGCAAUCCAAGUACCAUGGUCCGUGCUGCAUACGCCUCUUGCAUUGCAUCUUUAGCACAAUCCUCGCUGAGAUUUUUGGAUAUGAUUCAAGCGCUGCGUUCUGAUACUCGCCUGGCGUCACUAAUACCAGUCGGUUUUCAGCCUCGCUGGACCGAGGAUGCCACAUAUCAUAAUCUGUACGAUGUGGCAAGGAUCGACCUUUUGGAUUACUUUGAGGUUCACACAAAAGCGCUGUUGACGGAUUCGGAUGCAUCCGUCCGCCGGGCCUUCCUGGGCUCGGUAUCCAGCCUCUGCGUGUUUUUCGGUAAUCCAAGAGCGAACGAUGUCAUUCUCAGCCACUUGAACACAUAUCUCAAUGACCGGGACUGGAUUUUGAAAUGUGCCUUCUUUGAAGCCGUCGUUGGAGUUGCAGCGUAUGUGGGAAGCACCAGUUUGGAGCAAUACAUCCUACCCCUGAUGGUUCAAUCUAUGACGGAGCCCGAAGAAUUUGUCGUGGAAAGAGUGAUUCGCUCUCUGGCGGCCAUGGCAGACUUAGGCCUGUUUCAGCGGCCAACGACAUGGGAUCUGCUUUACAUCACCACUGGAUUUCUUGUUCACCCAAACAUUUGGAUCCGCGAGGCAGCCGUGAACUUCGUAGUCAGCUCGACCAAAUUUUUGUCGGUGGCUGACAUUUACUCGAUCUUGACGCCUCUCGUGCGGCCUUUCCUCAGAAUUAGAAUCAUGGAAUUUACGGAGUCCGACAUUCUCGAUGCGCUGAAGCCACCGAUGGCGAGAAAUAUCUACGACAUGGCUCUCGUCUGGGCGUCCAAAUCCGAUAAAGGUGUGUUCUGGAAAUCCACCAGCCGUGAGGGCACUUUCAGUCUCUCCGAGCCUGGGUCUUACAACUCUCGCGCCGGACAACGAGGCUCUUCAUUUAAAUUGAGUUCGCAAGCGAGGAACGAGGAAGACGAACAAUGGCUGUCUCGGCUACGAAAUCUGGGGGUGGGCCCCGAUGACGAGUACAAGCUGCUCGCUUUGAAAGACUAUCUUUGGAGAGUAGCUAUGCGACAACCCAGAGAUGUGGACAACAGUUUGAUCUCACAACUGAACAAUAUAAUCAAAUUGACUCAUUAUGGGGUCACCCCUCAGACGGUCUUCUUUGACAAGAAUCAAAAUGUCAAGCCGCGGAGGGCUUCUGUCAGCAGGAUUGAAAGCCCUACCGUCGAUGAGCAAAGGCCCAAAACCAUUGCAGACGCGCUGCUUGAUGCCUCUACAACGAUUGAGAGAACACCGAGUGCUCAUCGCAAGCAUUUGCGAUCGAAGAGCCACCGCCACAAAGAAACAGGGUCCGCCCCUCGACCAACUGCUCUAGAAAAUCUCACCACCGAUUCCUCCCCAUCAUCUUCCCCGACAGCAUCGUCACCCGCUGCCGGACCAGAGUCCCGUCCCUUGUCACCCCCAGGCUCAGAUGUCGAUCGAAAACUUUCUAGUCGCCAGCCGAGCUUCGAGCAAGAAGGCUCAUCAACACCCACCGAAGCAGAGAAUCCUGCGCUCAGAAUCCUGUCUGGGCAGGUGCAGCGAAAAUCCAGUGCGAUCAGCCUGCUGAACCGCAAGGAAACGGCCAAAGCCUACGCAGAAACAAGCACCAGUUCAGCAAAUGCAUUCGGAAAAGUGGACGCUCCACUCCAGAGAGGAGGGACUCCUCAGCCAUCGGCCCUCGCACUUUCAUACGACCGGAAACCCCUCGAACCAGCGGCCCGGGAAUACCAUGCCAACCACUCAUACGGAGGCGAUGACCCAGUUGUUCUACGGCUGCUGGACAAUGUGUUUGCGGAGAAUUACCCUACGGACUUCUUUGAUUUGGGUCCAUAUGUCAAGGAGGUGGAUUCUCGACGGCCAAUUCGCAAAGUUAACGCGCAAGAUUCCAGCAAAGUUUGGAAACCCGAAGGGAAUCUGGUGGCCAUUUUUGGCGAGCACAGUGGCCCCGUGAACCGCGUCGCUGUCGCACCAGACCAUUCUUUCUUUGUCACUGCUUCAGAUGACGGUUCGGUAAAGAUCUGGGACACAGCCCGCCUCGAACGCAACCUGACGCCUCGGUCCCGCCAAACCCAUAGACAUGGGCCAGGUGCGCGCGUAAAAGCGCUGACUUUUGUUGAAAACACGCACACUUUCAUUAGCGGCGCCACUGACGGCAGCAUUCACGCUGUCAGAGUCGAGUAUCACAAUGUCAAUGACACCGUUCGAUACGGCAAGCUUCAGCUUGUUAGAGAAUAUCAACUACCCACUGCGGACGACGGGACUGUCGAGUAUCCGAUUUGGCUGGAACAUUUCCGCUCUGACGCUCAGUCCACCCUGCUGAUCGCGACCAAUACUUGCCGUAUCCUUGCGUUGGAUAUGAAGACCAUGCUACCCGUUUAUUCACUGGAGAACCCCGUCCAUCACGGAACCCCCACCGCCUUCUGCUGUGACCGUAAGCACAACUGGCUGCUGGUGGGCACCACUCACGGGAUUCUCGAUCUGUGGGAUCUCCGCUUCCGCGUGCGGUUGAAGGCAUGGGGUCUACCGGGUUGGGGCGCGAUUCACCGACUGCAAGUCCAUCCCACCAAGGGUCGAGGCCGUUGGGUUUGCGUAUCCGGGAGUGGCAAUCAUGGAAAUGAGAUUACCGUUUGGGAUAUUGAAAAGGUCCGCUGCCGUGAGGUCUACCAGGCGACUCCUAUGGGCCCCAGUAAUGGCACCCCUAAUGGCGGGCACCAACCCGCGCGAGCCACUACUUCGAGCCUUCGGGACUACGAGGCCUGGCGAGUCGACGGGGAUCGGCCAGAAGGGAUGCUCAGUCGCUUUGCCACCACCAGUCCCGCAGGAAUGGAUGCCGGAGGACCUGCAUCUGGUGGCAGCGGGGCUACAUCGUCACCCACGAGCCUGGCGGCUGAUCGACUUGGGAUCUGGGCCUUUGCUGUCGGGUUUGACUCCCUCGAUGACGGGAAGGAUAACAGCACGAGAUGCGGGUUCAUGGUGUCGGCUGGCUGCGACCGCAAGAUCCGGUUCUGGGACCUCGCGCGACCCGAGCUGUCCUCUCUUGUCAGCGGCCUUGACGUGGUAUCGGACAGCGGCGCGACCGGGAAACCGCGCUACGACCUGUCGCAGCCCAAUCCCAAUCUCCUGGUGACCACCGAGCACCUUCCCAGCGCGUCGAGCAGCGCAGCUUCAGGCUCGCGGAAGGGAGCCAGUGGCCGGCCGCCUCGUAGCACGGUGAUUAGUCUUCAGCAGCAGAUGCUGCUGAAGAGCCAUUUGGAUAUCAUCCAGGACGUCGCGGUAUUGCGGGUGCCAUACGGCAUGAUUGUGAGCAUGGACCGAGCAGGGAUGGUCUAUGUGUUUCAGUGA